UGGAAGUUUUAUCAUGGAACAAUAAUUGUUUUGUGCGUCUUUACGCAAAGUUAUAUAUACUUACUAAAAAGAAAGAAAGUUUCUGCAUGCCAAAAAGCUACUUUUAAGAUGUAAUGGGAGUUUUAUAAAAAAAAAAUAAUAAGGUUUGAAAGCUUCACUGCCUUAAACAUGCAAGUCGAAAGGAGAUGGCCGAGGCUCCUGACGAUUGGGCUUCUGUCUGCUUCUUUCUGUCAUUUAGUUUCUUGUCAGAUUCGCUACUCAGUUCCCGAGGAGCUUGAGCACGGAGCAUUUGUUGGAAAUAUAGCCGAAGACUUAGGCUUGGAUGUUGCCAAACUUUCUUCCCGCAGAUUUCGCAUUGUGUCUGGGGCUAGGAAACAGUAUCUGGAAGUGAAUUUAGAAAACGGGAUUUUAUUUGUAAAUGAAAAAAUUGACAGGGAGGAACAGUGCGAACAGUCCGCCGCCUGCUUCUUGCAUUUGCAGGUGGUGAUUGAGAGUCCUUUGGAGCUGUAUCGAGUCGAGGUGGACAUUCUGGAUGUUAACGAUAAUCCCCCAAGUUUUCCUUGGAGCGAGUUUGUUCUGGAAAUCAGCGAAUCGGCGGCGCCUGGCUCUCGGUUUCCCGUGGAAAGCGCACACGAUCCGGACGUGGGUACCAACUCGCUUCGUACCUACUCGCUCAGUCCCAGCGAUCACUUCACUCUGGAUGUACAGACUCGCAGCGACGGCAGUAAGUUCGCAGAGCUUGUGCUAGAGGCUCCGCUCGACAGGGAGCAGCAAAGGAGUCACCAGAUGAUGUUAACCGCGGUGGAUGGGGGAAUGCCAGAGAAAUUGGGCUCGGCACAAAUCACCGUCAGUGUCUUGGACGCUAACGACAAUGUGCCUGUUUUCCAGCAGCCUUUCUACAAAGUGCGCUUGAUGGAGAACGCACCUCGGGGUUCGCUGCUAGUAAGGCUCAACGCUACGGACCUUGAUGAGGGCUCGAAUGGGGAUAUCUCGUACUCAUUCAGCGGUCACGCACCCCUGAAGGUGCGGGAACUCUUUAGCGUGGACUCUCGAACUGGAGAGAUUCGAGUCAAAGGUGUGGUGGAUUUUGAGAAAGCCAGCGUUUAUGAAAUAUACGUACAGGCGAAGGACAGGGGACCCUCUGCCGUUGCAGUGCACUGCAAAGUGUUAGUGGAUAUUUUAGACGUGAAUGACAAUGCCCCCGAAGUGAUCUUAACGUCGGUAUCUACACCUGUCCAAGAAGAUGCCCCCCCUGGAACUGUCAUAUCCGUUAUAAGCGUUAUGGACCGAGACUCGGGGGAUAACGGCAACGUGGACUGUGAAAUCCCCCAUAACAUGCCGUUUCAGUUGCACUCCUCUUUUAAAAAUUAUUAUACCCUGGUCACUAGCGAGCUGUUGGAUCGAGAGACUGUCUCGGAAUAUAACAUCACGGUGACGGCUAGGGAUUUGGGCUCGCCGCCUUUAAGCACCAGAAAAUCUAUUCUGGUUCAAGUGUCCGAUGUAAACGACAACGCGCCGCGAUUCCUGCAGCCGUCCUACUCGGUCUAUGUGACUGAGAACAACGCCCCCGGGGCUUCUAUUUCCUCGGUGACCGCCUCCGACCCCGACUCCAAUCAGAAUGCCUAUUUGUCAUAUUCUAUUCUCGAGGGACAAAUCCAGGGCAUGCCAGUGUCCACUUAUGUUUCCAUCAAUUCAGACAACGGCAACAUUUACGCUCUUCGCUCUUUCGACUACGAACAACUCCGAAACUUUCAAAUCCGCGUUCAAGCGCAAGAUGCUGGAUUGCCACCUCUCAGCAGUAACGUUACUAUAAAUGUAUUUGUUUUGGAUCAAAACGAUAACGCUCCAGUGAUCGUUUCUCCGCUGCCCAAAAAUGGCUCAGUGGCAACUGAGAUGGUACCCAGGUCAGUUGAUGCCGGCUACCUGGUGGCUAAAAUAACUGCUUUAGAUGCAGACGCUGGACAGAACUCUCGCCUCUCCUAUCAGGUAGUGCAGGCUACAGACCAGGGGCUCUUCAGUGUUGCCCUUUACACAGGCGAAAUUAGGACAAUCCGCAGAUUCAUGGACAAAGAUGCCACCAGGCAAAGACUAGUCAUUUUGGUCAAGGACAACGGUCAGCCGCCGCUCUCGGCUUCUGUUUCCAUCAUCUUAUCAGUGGUUGACAGUGUGCCAGAAACCCUUUCCGAUUUCGGUGACCUUACUCUGACACAGGAAUCUCCCUCUAGCCUAACUCUGUAUCUGAUAGUUUCGUUAAGUUCCAUUUCAUUUAUAUUUCUCGUGGCCAUAAUUGUACUGGCAGCCAUAAAAUGUCACAAGGACAGAUACUCUAUACGGGGAUACGACUUCUCCCUAACGACUUGCUGCGCAUUAAAAUCUGAGAGUUCCACUGAGGUGUUUAAAAAGUCCAACAUCAAUCUUCAGAUAUCAUCUGGCGCCAAGGUGCCCACCAACUGCGUAGAGGUUAAUGGGAAUAGCGCAUUAUCCCAGGCAUACUGCUACAAAGUCUGCUUAACUCCCGAAUCAGCAAAAAGCGACUUCAUGUUCCUGAAGCCAUACAGCCCAGCGACACCUAGAAAUAAUGCGAAAGAGGCGAGCAGACUGGCAUCAGGAUGGAAUGGGCAAAUCCACAGCAAUGUUGUUAACAACGGAGCUUACGCCCCUUAUGAGAUUAAACAACCAAAUACUGACUGGCCUUUAUCAAAGACACAGAAUUCCGCACUAAAAAGCUACAGUUCCAUGAACAUGGAUGGGACUCUUCUUCAGAAGUCAAUUCAGCGAGAAUCCGAUAAUUUUGGUGUUCCAGUUGCUGGCCAGUACUGGACGUGGGGGACCCACAUGCGGGAUUACAAAAUGACCACUGCAACCGAGACUUCCAGCCGUGCUUGGACCCCGAGAUACGGACCACAACUUUCAGCGAAUCCUCCCCCUGAUUACCAGCACAAUGUCUACAUCCCUGGAACUCCAACGCUACACUCAGCCAACAAAUCAACACAAUUCAGUGAGCUGGAUGUUAAAAAUUCAUUUUCCACUUUUGGGAAGAAAAAGAAGUUUGCUUCCAACUGUGAGCGAAAAGAAGAAGCUGUCAUUAAUAAUGAUCUUUACCAUAAAUGACAUGGGCAGCUCUCGAACAGCGGGCCUGCUUAAGACUAUCACUUGAAAAGUUGCAAUCUCAAAAUGAAGCACUUUGGAAAUGGAGCUACAGUAUGUAUUAUAAUGUCUAAGCUUCAUUUGAAAUUGAUUCAAGUGACAUAUGGAGCCAGACUUAAAUAAAAAAGCUCAUUUUGCACAUUAUAAAGCUCAGGCUGAAAAAGAAGACUUCUGCACAUGGUGAGGCGCUAUAUUGGUAGGCGUAGCGAUUGUCACAACAUUUUUAUAGCUGAAAUCUUGGCCUCCUAAAUGACACUGAAGAUUUAGUGGAUUAUUUCUCAUUUAUUGUUCCAAUUUACACUUCAUUUCUAUCUCUCUCUCUCCAACUGUACUUUUUAUGUGCUGCAAUAUGGCAGGGUUAUUAUGUUAAAAAAAACACAAAAAAACAAGCUCUGUAAGUCAGUAUCAGCGAUUUCAUGGUGUGUUCAAUGCAAAUAAGCAUUUUACUGAUGUAAAGUGUCUUUCUGUUUGUUUCUUUUUUUUUUUUUAAUUACUGUUCACUCCCACAAAUUAUCAUAAGUUGCAGGACUGGGACACUCUGAUAUUAUUCCGAGUUUAAAAAAUACUCAUAAAUGAUUCAAACCCUGUUGUGUUUUUCUAAUAUAACAAAACAGUUAUGACUGUGCUGAGUAUUCAACCAUUUGUGACAAUGUGUGAGUUUAUUUUAAAAUAAAUAAAGACAUGUUUUACA